AUGGCGUCGUUGCGUCGAGCUGUUCGUGGCGAUUUUGAGAUUCUAAUUUCGAGAUCUCUGUGCAGUCGUACAGUUAAGAACCGGGAAUUGCUAAGAAUGCUGCAAUGGAUGGGAGGAUCGAGGCGGAAAGUGGCCGCUUCACACACGUCAGUGAAGAAGAGGCAAAAACAAUACUUUGAGCAGAGGAGACAGCAACAGCAUCAGCUCUCAGUUGGGCCUGAGAGCUGUACUAAUGAUAGAAACAACAGUAACCAACACUUAAGAGAACACCAAUCUCUGGACAUUCUCAAUUUCUUGAACUUGUCAACUACUGCGACUCCUGAAUGCAAACCUUCUUGUCCAGAAGAUGGAAUGGAAGAUCUGGAUUCUGAUUUCUACAGCAUUAAGGACAACAUUGCAGGAGUAGGUAAGGUCUCCAAACUCAUGAUCUGUGAAUCUGGUCCUGUUCUGGUCAUUUUGCAUGUAAAUUUCGAUGCUUCGCUGUCUUAUAGGACUUCGUUUAGUGUUCCUGACAACCAGAAAAAUGAAUUAAAGAAAGCAGACACCACAGCGGAUCUGAUGGAUGGCACAGAGCGGAAGUUAUCUGUCUUUGAUUUGGUUGGUGAUGAUCAUACAACAACCAACCUGGAAGAAUGUUCUCCAUCUGAGGCUCACAUGGCAUUUUCAGUUGAAGGAUUAGGUAAAAUAAACACGGAAACUCCGGUUAAUUCUCCACAACCAUCAGACAGAAACUUUGCGUACCGAUGCUCCUCUCCAUGGAAGGACGCUGGUCAACCAGAUACAUCAAACGUCAGGCAAAGGCUCAACGAGUUUGAGAAGGAAGUGGACACACUAAUUGAAAGUAGCAACAUGUUCCAAGAUGACAGCCCUUACAGGUCUCCAGUUGGCAUACAUGGUAACGAUGGGGGCAGAAAGCAAAAACUGCGCACUUUCAGUGAUCACUUGCACAAACCAUAUGUCAACGACUCAAGAAGCUACUUCUGUGACGUUUCAGAUUUCAACAAAAGCAGGGUCUUCGAUGAAAACGAGUGGAACGCUAAGCCCACCUUUCUUGAUGACCGGGAAGGCAGUUUUCACUGGAAGGAUCAACAGCCAUGCCAGGAAAAUGUAAACCUUAAUUUCAUGAAUUAUGGAAACGAUUAUACUGACAGUCGCUCUUCUGAAGAACACCAUGGGACAAACAAGAGGGAUUACCUGGAAACGACCUGGAGGUCUAACAUCGAAGAUUCACCAGUUCGAAGACCACUGCGUUUAGAAAGGACCAUCGAUCAUCCAACAAUUGCUAAGGCAGCCUAUUUCAAAUCCCCGGAUAACUUUGAUUUUGACAAUGUAUUUGACCAACCGGUUUGGUCAUCCAUUGUACCGGAGGAAGAUAAAGACAGCCAUAGUUUGCGUAGCGAAGAAUCUUGCUCGUCUAGUGCAGUUUGGGCCAAUGAAACGCCCAUUCCACAGUUUAAAACCAAGAAAAAACAGAGGAAGAGGGAAAUUAAUUCGUUUGGAAAAGACAAGAACUAUCUGAAGAAUAACCUCUUCCAAGAAUCAUGGGAAGAUUGGGAUGUGGAUGAUCAACAUUUGAAUACAAAAGUUGGGUCUGGAAAGCAAGUCAGACUAUCAAAGCCAGGAAAUUUGAAAUCCACCAGUCAGAGAGAGUCCUCUUUCCGUGGUGGUGGUGGUCUCGAUGCGCCUUACAAUUGGUUUGCAGAAGGAUUUACAGCUGCAGGCAUUAGCUCAGAUAUUACAACCGAGAGAGACAAACCAUAUCCUAUCCUAAACCCCGAGGUCGGUAGAUCGCACUGGCGUCAAUCUCGAGCCCCUGAUUUUCCCAAGUUUUCAGUAGGAGGCACUGGAGAGGAUGAUGAUGAACACGACUAUGUGAACUGUUCAUCAGCAAACCAUAAAUCUAAACUAGCAGGAGAUAUCUGCAGCUUUGAGAGUGACACGUUAUCAGAGAACGAUAAUGAGCAAAGCAAAGAAGUAAAUCGCCCUAAAAGUCAGGGAGAUGAGACCUCAUCAUCCGUUGCAAAGAGCCUCUCAGACGAAAAUGAGUAUGUACGACGUAACCCGAAGAAGGAAGUCAUGGAAGCUCGGCAACAAGGAAACAGAGAAACAGGAGAAAAGACAAGUAGAGACUCGUUCCAACAAUUGAUAAUGCUGGAAAGGCGCACGCUUCAACUCGUUUGUUUAAACAAGACAUUGCUCCUUGGCACUUUAAAAACAUAGGUAAGAGAAUUUCAUAUCCUUUCUUGUAUCUUUAGUUCAAGUUAUCACCAAAUCUGAAAUCCAAAAAUUCAUAUGUUUCUUGGGCAUAAGGCCCAAGGGAUUAAGGGAAUGUGCAAUUUUUUUUGGUAAUUUUUCGUUGAGCAUGUACUAUAGGUUACACAGAUUUAAAAAAUCAACCGUAUCUUGUUCUCCAUAUUAGCGUUUAGCGUUUGCACCUAAUUUUUCAUGCAACCGUGUUUGUCAACUGUCAUGAGUCCUUCAUUAGUCAUUUACCCACGUUGUCUUUAGAGUCUUUACUAUUUUGAGACGCUUUUGUGGGUCUGUGCAUAAGCGCAAAUACAAUCACAUAAAACACGUUUUGACCAAAUUUAG